AUGUCUUCCUACGACCUGUGUCCUCCCAACCCCUGUGGGCCAACCCCACUUGCCAACAGCUGCAACGAGCCCUGCGUCAGGCAGUGCCAGGACUCCCGGGUGGUGAUCCAACCCUCUCCCGUGGUGGUGACCUUGCCCGGACCCAUCCUCAGCUCCUUCCCCCAGAACACCGCCGUGGGCUCCACCACCUCUGCAGCCGUGGGCAGCAUCCUCAGCACUGAGGGGGUCCCCUUCACCUCCGGCAACUCUUUGGGAUUUGGGAGCUUCGGCUACCCAGACCUGGGCAGUGGGUACAGCCGGCCCUACCGUCGCUACACCACCGACCGCGGUGGUUUCUAUGGGCCAUGCUAA